AUGCGGGACUGUUUUACAGGGUUCUCCAAUGUAACGCCAGCCAGUGUUGCGACCGUUGCGGGUGGCCCCACGAGUGCGGACGACAACUACGUCGCGUGGUUCUAUUACAACGAGCCGCUCUACAAAGACGACCCACCCCCUGCUACGGUCGAAGAAUCAGCGGACUCGGCAUCCUCAAAGCUGGAAUCCGACACUAGCGACGAUGACAGUGCAGAUGAGGAUUGGGUAGAGUCCGCAUCUGUAGCUUCGUUGUCAGAUUAUGGUAACACCCCCCCUACUGACGCCAACCCUGCAGGGACCCCGAAGCGUGGCGGGAAAGCGACGAAGAAACGUAGAGGGCAAAGGCAAAAGAAGGACACCGACAAGUCGAACGCGGUCGCACCUAUGGAGAUGGUCCGUCGGGUAGUACCUGGAGGGAGUCGGCCGUCACAUGCGCGCCGACGACGAGUGGACCCGUAUUCUACGGAUGAGGAAGACGUGGAUCAUGGGCGUGAGGGCGUACACGGAAGCGGAGACGGUCCGCGCAAAGGCGAGGCAGGAGUGGCCACCGGGCGGGAUCAACACUCUUCGGACGAUGAUGUGGUAGAGGUGAAGACGUCGGUUGGUAACACCGUGCCGAAUGGCAAGCCAGGACAUGAUGGAGAUCUGCAUGCGCACAGUAGUGACAAAACUCCUGUCCGCUCGCACGAUGUGCGCUUUGAUUCGAAUAAUGAUGUGCACAUCCCGCAACCCGCUUCAAGUCACCGCGCAUCUCAGCAGAAAUCACUCCUAGACAACGCUCCGCCCCUGCAUGCUACGACAGUCUCCCCCCCAGACAAGAGGACGCCGCCGUGCUCGCAGGUGCCGCGACCACACGUCAACAACGAGGCCGACCAUGGUCGAAUGAAGGGCGUGUCGGCGGCGAGUGGUCCAGCUGGGAAUACUGAUGCCGUGAAUGGGCGCCCUCUGGCUAGUUCUAAACCACUUUUAUGUUCACCCCCGCGAAAUCCGAGUGUGUCUCAGAAGUCGGUGCAUGCAGGGCCGGCUCGGUCAUCAAUGCCUGACAACCAAACCCCCGUCAAAGUAGAGAGCGGACGGUGUGUUCGGGGAGAAUCUGGCGAGCAGAGCCCGGAGCAGCAUCAGUUGUCGCCUAUGCAAGCGUCGUGUGGAAGAGGGAGUACUCAUCGCCGCAAGGAGUCGACUUCUCGUGGGGAAAUGAGUGGACGGCCGGUGGAUGUUCUGGAACAGCUCCAAGGCAUGCUGGAUGCGUUGCGCUCCAAGUGUGCAUCCCGGGAAGGUGCUAACGGCCCGGCUGAAUCAAACAAGGUGAAGGUGACCGAGGACUUUGACAUUUUGGGUGAGUUCUGUGCGUUUAAAGGUAAACUUGAGGAGGCGGCGGCUGCAAAUGAGCCUCCUGAAGGUGUUGGUGAGCAGAGCCCGGCUGUGAGAGUUUCGGAAGGCAUACAUCACAAGCCAGGGGAGGGCGUAGAGGGCGGAGAUGGGAGGGGAGGAAGUGCACCCAUGUUACCUAUAUCUCCGCAGCCAUCGACCAGGAAGACAAGCGGCCGCGGUGCUGACGAUACGAAGCACCGUUCGGAUGGUCCCCUGAAUAGAGGGCUUUUCACCAAAAGGGACAAUCAUGGCGAGUUGAAGGGGAAGUACGCGCCUCGGCAGAACGCCUCCCUGGCAGGGAGGCGAGUACACGAUUCAGGCGGCGCAGAGGGGACAGAGGCAGCAUACGAGGGGAGCAGGGGGGUAAAGGGGGGCGCCGGGCAGUCAGCUCGUGGCAAAGUGGAGGUGGAAGUGGGCAGGAAGCGGGUGCGGCGCGAGCGUGCUGGCGCAUUGGUGACGGUGGUACUCGACUUCGACCCCGAGGAUCCAGAACGACCUCGGAAAAAGGGGUUUCCCGACUAUGACGACAUUACGGAGUACGCCGAGGAGGCGAUGGAGCUUCUAUUGCGAACCAGCGAGGGGGAUGGAGUGACAUACUUCCCUUCGAAUGCCGUGAAGAAUGAAAUGCUGAGGCUUGUGCUCCGGAAUGACUGGGACGUGACAAUCAUGGACGUGCGGAGGGCAAUGAAGUCAAAGGACUACAGUAGCAGAGUGGCGAAGGUGUGGACUAGGUUCAAGAACGAGAGCUCCACUGUCGCCCGACGAUACAUUCUGGACGGGUUGGGGGUCAAUCUAGCCGUCAAUGGGGUUUACAAGCUGGCUCUGCCUGUGAACGUGAAAGCGGAGUACUGGAGGCGCUGGGCACCAAGUGGGUAA